AUGACGAAAAUAAUUAUAACGGAGAAUCAGAACGGCUGCUACCAUGCUCUCCCCGCAUCUUUAAUAAAAGAAAUUGCUAUCAGUUCUUUCGCCAAAUACGUGUCAAGGAUACCUUAUUUCGCCGAGUGGCCGAAAAAUUUAAUCGAGCAAAUUGUUCUAUUGCUAGUAGAAGAGGUGUACAUGCCGAACGACAUUGUUGUUGAGGCAUCUCUUUCAAGCGACGGAUUAAUUAUUGUGGACGUCGGGGUGUUGGCAGUGUAUCCAGCAUCGGACGACGACGUCAUCUACCUUAUAGAUGGCGAUUAUUUCGGGGAGAUAUCGUUAGUUACCACGGAGGUCUCCGCGACGCCCUCUGUGGUAGCGCUAACUGCGAGUAAGGUUCUGUUCUUGGACAAAUUGGCAUUCAGGCGACUCAUGCGAGGACAUCCUCAGUUAUUUUUUGCGAUGAAAGAAAUUAUUAACAAAAUUAACAAU